GAGAACUAAAACUACUUCUCUAUAGCUGAAGUAUUUCUUUCUUCUUUAAGUUCUUGUAUACCUCAAAUUUUAUUUUGAUAUAUAUUUAGAGGGAGCUAGGUUAGUUAACUAGAUAUCAAACACCAUGGGUGCAGGUGGUCGAAUGUCGGACCAAUCGAAUGAGGGCAAAAACAUCCUUGAACGUGUGCCAGUUGAUCCGCCUUUCACGUUAAGUGAUCUAAAGAAAGCAAUCCCGGCCCAUUGCUUUGAGCGUUCUGUUAUUCGAUCAUCUUACUAUGUUGUUCAUGAUCUCAUUAUUGCCUAUGUGUUUUACUACCUUGCCAACACCUAUAUUCCUCUUCUAGAUGCCCCUCUAUCUUACUUGGCAUGGCCGGUUUACUGGUUUUGCCAAGCUAGCAUCCUAACCGGGUUAUGGGUCAUUGGUCACGAAUGUGGUCACCAUGCCUUUAGCGAACACCAAUGGAUUGAUGACCUUGUUGGAUUCGUCCUCCAUUCUUUCCUUUUUACCCCUUACUUCUCUUGGAAGUACAGCCAUCGAAAUCACCAUGCCAACACAAAUUCACUUGAUAACGACGAAGUUUACAUUCCUAAACGCAAGUCCAAAGUCAGAAUUUACUCAAAACUUCUUAACAACCCACCGGGUCGUGUGUUCACUUUGGUUUUUAGGUUGACCCUAGGAUUUCCUUUAUACCUCUUAACUAAUAUUUCUGGCAAGAAAUACGGAAGGUUUGCCAACCACUUUGAUCCAUUGAGUCCCAUUUUCACAGACCGUGAAAGGAUUCAGGUUGUUUUAUCCGAUAUUGGUCUCCUUGGUGUUUUCUACGUGAUCAAGCUUCUUGUCGCGGCAAAAGGAGUUGCUUGGGUAACGUCUAUGUAUUUAAUUCCGGUGUUAGGGGUGCACAUUUUUUUCGUUUUGAUUACAUAUUUGCACCACACCCAUCUUUCAUUACCUCAUUAUGAUUCAACCGAAUGGAACUGGAUCCGAGGGGCUUUGUCAACAAUCGAUAGGGACUUUGGGUUCCUAAAUAGGGUGUUUCACGACGUUACACACACUCACGUAUUGCAUCAUUUGAUCUCGUACAUUCCACAUUAUCAUGCAAAGGAGGCAAGAGAUGCAAUCAAGCCAAUAUUGGGCGAGUUUUAUAAGAUCGACAGGACUCCAAUCUUUAAAGCAAUGUACAGAGAAGCCAAGGAAUGCAUCUAUAUCGAGCCAGAUGAAGAUAGCGAGCACAAGGGUACCUACUGGUAUCAUAAAAUGUGAUCAAGCCAAUGACCUCAAUGUGAUUCUAUGGCUUAAUUAAUUAGUCAACUUUGUAUCAAUCAACAUAAAAUGUCGUAAUGAGACAUGUGUGAACUUCCUUACUUGUAAUCUUAGUAGUCCUGCCAUUUCUUAUGUUAUGUACUAUGUACGGAGUAAUAUCUAUAAUAUGUGGUGGCAAAUUAUGAAGUACAUCAACAUGAAGUGUACUUCAGUUAUUAUGCUAGGAAACUUUUAUUACAAUAAAAUGUAGUUAUAUUCUGGAAA